GGCGUUUUCAAAUUGCAAGUUACGAAUCGCACAAUUCGCGCAGUGGGCCGGCACCGAGACCCAGCCGGCAUCAAUCAGAGCACUUUGCGCAUAAAUGCCGCAUGAAGGGGGUUGGUGGGAGAGAGAAGACAAAUUGGCGCCGAUUUAUUCACUAAUUGCUAUUUUGGACAAUUCAACUGCAGCCUCGCUCAAAAAUACAUAUUCGCUACUCCAGUCAUCUUUCUCUCUCUCAUUUCCAUCAAUAUCGGAAAUCCCACCAUCGAAACCAUGUCGGAUCGCCAGUAUAAGUUUAACGUCCAGAUGGGCUGCAAUGGCUGCUCCAGGGCCGUCGACGAAGCUAUAAAAGCCCUCAACGGCGUGAAGAAUUCCUCCAUUUCCCUGGAAGAGCAAACCGUCUACAUGGUGGCUGAUCCUUCUCUGCCCUACGAAACCGUGUUAGAGACUAUUAAGGCGAAGGGCAAGAACGUGCGCAGCGGGGAGGCGGACGGGGUUGCUCAGUCUGUUUAACGGCCCUGGGAAAUUGCAGGUCACUCUUGAUUCAUUGGGGACUUUUUGUAUAUAGUAGUACCUGUACUAUCGAAUACUGCU